AUGAGCGGCGAAACCGAAAUGCAAGAUGUUGUAUAUCUCAAGACGCCCGAUGAAGACAAGAAAAAAGCAGAGGAAUUGGACGGCUUCGUGAAUGUACAAAUUUCGGCUGAACAAGGUUCACCCACUGAGGCUGAACACGCUCAACACGAGCAAACAUAUCAUGACCAACCAGAAACACCUCAGGAUGUACGAGAUCAAAUGAAUCAAGAAUAUCGACCCAAUGAUCCUUCACAGCAUGGAAAUUUUGAACCGUCAGUUGGUAAAUUAUCAGAGGAAAAUGGUGAGCCUACUUCCACGAGCGCAUGUGUAACAGGGGAAAGCGAUAAUCUUACUUCUGCGAAUGAAUUGAAUAAUUUAAAAGACGAGGUACACGAAUUCGAUGCAACAACAGGAGCAAAUCAUAGAUCCACUUCUGCAAACGAAUCGACCAGCCAC